AUGUCCUACCGAUCCGACAGACUACCGGUACCAAAGCGUAUGCGUCAUUCGAGCGAUUCUACCCCGUCAUUGUCAUCGCCAUCACCGUCUCCGUCCCAGACUGGUCAUCGAGGGACCCAGGACACUGAAGCCGACGCUCUAUUUUUCGCCGACGUUUCCCAAACCCUCUUCAACCGCACUGUCGAGCGAGCUCGGCAGCCUCGUGUAAACAUGGCUAAACUGCCGCCUCCCGACGCUGGACAUCGUCGAGUUCCACCUCGCCUGUACACCUCCUCCGCCGGGAAAACAUCACAGCACCCCUCACCCAGGGUUCCUGUAGAGCCCAUGGACGACAGCAAAGAGGAUAUCUACGUGCACGUCAAGAGCGAAGAACAACAAGAAUCCAUAUCCCGCAUCCCCGUUGACGAGCGUGUGUCGAUCUUUGUAGGCCAACAUAAUACGGUCUUCACUGUAUCGCUGGAAAGUCUCGACAAGUCGCCCACGCUGAAAGCUCUAGUGUCCCGACAAGGCGACAGCGUCCUUGGUGGCGGCAGUAACGGCCAGGGUACCACUACCGGCAUCGACUCCGGCACAGGCACAGAAGGGGCAUUCAUCAUGCACCCCAAGCUGACGAAUGUCGACCCGGACCACUUCGCCGCCGUUCAACAGUUUCUCCUUGCCGACGAGUACAUCCCGGCCAUUGUUUCCAACUUUGUCGGAGAGAACAGCGGGAGGAAUUGCGCCAAGACCCUCGACGGCGUCAAUACCAGAGAAGACUACAGAAGGGAAACGAUCCGAGCGGCAGAGCUGUACGUUCUCGCGAAACGCCUGGGCAUGACCGGCAUGGCCCACCUAACCAAGAGAAAAAUCGCAGAGUGCGGGUACACGACGGGCUCGGUGGGCAUCCAGUGCUUGCUCGAGGUUAGCAUGGUCGUCUUUGCGCGACCGGAUGAUGCGGACGGCGGGAGGAUACAAGUUGUCAAACCCUCGUCAUCCUCUACCCCGAGCCUCAGCCACGGUAGUAAUGCUAGAGCGAAGGGGAAAAGGAACGGGAACGGUCUGGGGAAAGGCACCGGCCUCGGCACAGGUUCUGGGUCUGGGUCUGGGCGUGGGCCUGGGCCUGAUGGUUCGGGAUUGGAAGGUACUGCAGACGCGCUUGAAGAAUGGCUUAUUGGCGUUCUCGCGACGCAUUUCCAGGCCGUGAUGAUCUCCCACGCGCAGUCGUUCUUCAGCAUUGCGUGCCAUGGCGCCGCGGUCCGGCGACAGUUCCAGAGACGAAUACUUUGGAAACGUAUUGAGGAGCUGGAGAGGGCGGGUGAGGCAGUCUUGAUUGAGGAUGAUGAGUGA